GAUAAUAUUUGUCCUGAGUGCCUAACCUAUAUGCGUAUGAAUAAUUAGAUACCCUGUUAUGUAUCUGCCUGCCUCAUUUAACGCGCAGUGCGACUGUUGCUAGCUUACUAGCUAGCUAACGUUAGUUUGCUAUUGACUGUGAAUACCGUAACUAUGUUUUUCACCCAUGGUGUUUUGGUGUGGAAAUCUCCUAAACGUCUUGUUUCCAAGAUAUUUAGGCUAACUGUUUAAUCAUAUCUACACAUUGGCUUCAAGUGCAUAAGAGAAAAAGCACGACAACCUGCAGUCUUCAAUUAAUUAAGUCAAGCUGAAGCUAAGCUAACCUCAGCUAACUUGCUCAACAAGCUGAGUGACAGAGAAAGGCCAUUGUCAUGCAAAUCGGGGAUAGAGCUAGGGUGGUUUCUUCUCUAGUCUCUUCUCGGGCCUGUUCGGCACCAGGGAGAUGAGGAUUCUGAUCCUGGGUUUGGACGGUGCAGGAAAAACCACUAUUCUAUACCGGCUGCAAGUUGGAGAGGUGGUCACCACAAUCCCCACAAUCGGCUUCAACGUUGAGACAGUCACAUACAGAAAUCUGAAGUUCCAGGUGUGGGAUCUGGGAGGACAGACGAGUAUCAGGCCCUACUGGCGGUGUUACUACUCCAACACAGAUGCAGUCAUCUACGUGGUUGACAGCAGCGACCGCGACAGGAUGGGUAUCUCAAAGUCUGAGCUGGUGGCCAUGUUGGAGGAGGAAGAGCUGAAGAAAGCUAUCCUGGUGGUAUUUGCAAACAAACAGGACAUGGACCAGGCCAUGACCCCCACUGAGGUGGCCAACUCUCUGGGCCUUCCCGCCCUCAAAGACAGAAAAUGGCAGAUCUUCAAGACCUCGGCCACAAAGGGCACAGGCCUGGAUGAGGCAAUGGAAUGGCUGGUGGAUUCCCUGAAGAGUCGGCAGUAAAGGCUCCCACCCAUUCUGUAUAUACUCCUGACCUUUGAUCCCUCUGUAUGAAGCCUUGUGACUGACCCAUCUCCACGACCCACUGGACCAGUAAUUGCACUCCUCCCCACCUCCAACCCCACUGAAGCCUUGGCCAAUCCCUCCCAAUGCCUUUCACGCCUGGGACUUACAAGAGAAGGCUGCAGUAACAUCUGGUUGCCCGAGGAAGUGAAGGUUUUAGAGAGCAUGUAUGACAGAGCGGUGGACAAGUUAGUAACUACAUUUUUGUGUUUUGGAAAUGCAAAAAAAAAGUGUGAACCGACGAAAUGUUGCUAAUUUUACAAUUCCAUUUAAGUAUCAUCACUAAAAUAAGGCUCUGUAAAAAAUGCUGUCCACUCUUACAUUUCCUUGCUGAUCAAUGCAUGUUAGCUUUAUCUUCUCUCAGAGGGGUUACGUAGUUUGCAUGUAGUAAAAAGUCAGCAAGAUGCAGUGUUUACUUAUAGGCACACACAUUAUCACUGAGAAGCAGCUACCUGAUUGCACGAAAUGUUAAGAUUUCUUUUUGGAAAUUCAGCCUCAAUUAGUGGAAAAAAUACCACUAAUACCUCCUCUGGCCAAGUGUUACUGCAGCCUGGGCUGAUUUUGUACUAUAUCGUUAGGUAGAUACAAUGUCAUGGAUUUAUAUUGUUAUUUGCCUCCUGUUAUUUAAAAGAUAAUUUAGUAGUUGAAGCCUUUUUCCAUCGAAACCCUUGAGUGCAGCUUUGGCAUAUUAGUCAUUUAGUUACUGAACACUAACUGUAUGCUCAAAGUUUUAUGGUUGCAUAUUUAUAUCUGCUUGUACAGUGAAAAUGAUUCUCAGUAAAGAUUGCUAUCAAUGAUUGUA